AUGGGUCAAAUACAUUCGAGAAAUCAUAUAAUUUCGAACAAUUCAUGUAAAAGUUUGGAAACCUCAACAACAAAAAAAUAUUCUCAUCCGUUUCGCUAUAUUAAUGGUAGAAGGUUUCAUAAUAAUGAAAAUUCAAUAUACUUCUUACCAAAUGACAAUGAAGAAGUUGAUAGACUUCAAUUACAGCAUUUCUUAUUCAGAUAUAUUUGGAAAAGUAAUUUUUCUGCGCCAAUCAAAGACCUUUUUGAUCAAGGGGGCGUAAAAGUGUUAGAUGUUGGUUGCGGUCCUGGAACAUGGUUACUAGAGAUGUCGACAAAUUAUCCUCAAAGUUCAUUCACGGGCAUUGACAUAUCUCCCAUAUACCCUGGUGAUAUCAAACCGCGGAAUUUAUCAUUCGACACGGCAAAUGUCUUAGAAGGUUUACCAUUCGCAGAUAACACCUUUGAUUUUGUAUAUAUAAGAUUCAUGAUAACCGCUUUCACGGUGGACGAUUGGCAAAAUAAAGUCGUAAAAGAAUUGAUCCGGGUGUGUAAACCUGGUGGAUGGGUGGAAUUUAUGGAGGGCGAUAUGGGUUUCAAUCCUGAAGGUCCAGCUGGAAAAAAAGUGAUGGAUGCAUACCGAUCGAUACUAGUAUCCAAGCAAAUUAAUCCGAAUAUAACAAAAUGCCUUUAUUCUAUCCUAUCUUCCACGCCAACUAUAACAACUUUAUCAUACGAAACAAAAUCUGGUCCGAUUGGCAAUUGGGCGGGAAGAAUAGGUGAAUUAGCAAGUCAAGAUUUUUCACAAACAUUGCAUGCUUUGAAACCUAUGUUGAGUAAAGUAAUUGAAUGUACUGAUGAGGAGUAUAACGAGUUGGUUGAAGAAUUUGAAAGAGAGUGCAAUUUGAAUAAAGCAAAUUUUGUACAUUAUAGGUUCUUUGCAAAAAAAAAAUGA